AGAGCACCAGAGCGCAUGCGCGGCAGAGCCACACAAACGGGAGAGUGAACUUGGGCUGAGUGGGGCUAUGUCAGUUUUCUAGUAUACUAGCUUUGUUAAAAUAACUAACUGCUUUAAACAUAAAGGCAUAUACCUAGUCUAGCUGCUUUGUUGUUUGUGCGGUGGGAAGGAAAAGUGCCUAGAAGGAAUAAAUAGCUAGCUUGUUGUCUGGCUAACAGUUAGCUUAGCUAGCGUUACUUUUAUUUGUAGCUAAGAAGCUUUAACAGGAACCGGGAUUUAGAGAGAUAUAAACAACAGACAACGAAACCAACCAAGGCCAGGAGAUGGAUGUUAGCAGUAACGUGGACUUUAAGGUCCUAACUACCACUGAAGACAUAGCUAAGCUGUACCGGGAGCAGAGUCAGUUCCCCUCCCUCAGCCGAGCAGAUGUGGGGCCAGUCAUCACCUCUCAGUAUGGUGGGAAGUACAGCAACAUCUCCACAGAGUGGACUCAGCGAGAUCUGGAGAGGAAUGAGAAUGUUAAAUUCUGCCGGCAAUACAUCUUAUUUCAUGAUGACAAAUCAAUAGUCUAUUCUGGGCCCUCUGGAAACUGCACAGAAAUCAAGGGAGAGUUGCUGAGUCAGGAUUCUCCCUCUGGGGACAUGAAGGCAGUUGUGAGGGCGUGCACCAUCAAAGGAGAGGAGAAACAGUUUCUGGAGAUCUGGCAUAAGAACAGCAAGAUAAAAAGCCUCAACCUCACUGCACUGAAGAAGCAUGGAAAGGUCUAUGAAGAUGAUCAGUUUGGUUGCCUGGUCUGGUCUCACUCUGAAACUCACCUCCUGUAUGUGGCAGAGAAGAAGCGACCUAAAGCUGAGUCCUACUUUGAGUCAGGAUCUGAACCCAGUUUGCUUGGAGAUGAGGAGGAGCCGAUAAAAACUGACAAGAAGGAGGAAGUUGUAAAGGGAGACCAGUUUGUGUUCUAUGAGGACUGGGGAGAAGCUCUCAUCAGCAAGAGCACACCUGUACUCUGUGUUUUAGAUAUAGAGGGUAACAAUGUGUCUGUGCUGGAAGGUAUACCAGACAACAUCUCCCCAGGACAGGCUUUCUGGGCACCUAACGACACCGGCGUGGUGUUUGUGGGAUGGUGGCAUGAACCGUUCAGACUUGGCCUGAAAUACUGCCCCAAUAGAAGGUCUUCUCUGUUUUAUGUGGACCUUACUGGAGGAAAAUGUGAACAGUUGUCGUCUGACUCGGCUGCAGUCUGCUCUCCACGUUUGAGCCCGGAUCUCUGCCGCAUUGUCUAUCUCGAGUGUGGUGUGUACGGCCCACACCAGCAAUGCAGCAAGCUGUGCAUGUACGACUGGUAUACGAAGAAGACGUCGGUGGUGGUUGAUGUGGUGAAGAGAGCCGGUGAAGAUGGCUUUACUGGAAUCUACAGCUCCAUGCUGCCUCAUCAAUGCUGGUCAGCUGACAGCCAGCGAGUCCUCGUAUCCUGUGCUCAGCGAAGCCGCAAGGAUCUUCUAGUGGUUGAUACAUCCUCAGGCCAAGUCACGUCCAUCACCUCUAAGUCUGAAAUGGGAAGUUGGUGUCUGUUAACCAUUCAUAGGGAUUUGAUGGUGGUUAGCUGUUCUUCUCCUAACUGCCCCCCGAGCCUGAGGGUGGGUUUCCUGCCAGCAAGUGGUUCAGAGAGUGAGGUUGCAUGGGUUACCCUAGAGGAAGCUCAAAAACAAGCUGAGUUUGAUUGGCAGAUUCUUACUUUCACUCCACCCUCAGAGGAGGACAACAGUCAAUACCCUGGUCUGGACUUUGAUGCCAUAUUGCUGAAACCAAAGGGAGUGAAGGAGGGAACAAAACUACCUCUUAUUGUCACUCCACAUGGUGGACCUCAUUCAGUGUUCGUGGCAGAGUGGUUCCUUUCAGAAGCAGUCCUCUGCAGAAUGGGUUUUGGUGUCUUACAAGUUAAUUACAGAGGAUCUAUCGGCUACGGUCAGGACAGCAUCCUCUCCCUGCCUGGAAACGUCGGCACUCAAGAUGUGAAAGAUGUACAGUUUGCUGUGGAGAGUGUUCUGAAGCAAGGUGACUUCAACAGAGAGAAAGUUGCAAUUUCUGGGGGCUCCCAUGGCGGCUUCUUGGCCUGCCACCUAAUUGGCCAAUACCCAGACUUUUACAAAGUGUGCAUUGCCCAGAACCCAGUCAUCAACCUGGCAUCCAUGGUUGGCAGCACUGAUAUCCCUGACUGGUGUAUGGUGGAAGCUGGUUUUGAUUAUAACACUAAUAAUGCCCUCAUGAGCCCUGCUAUACUGGAGCAGAUGUUAAACAAGUCACCCAUCAAGUUUGUCACACAGGUGAAGACUCCUGUGCUGCUUACCUUGGGAGAGGAUGACAAGCGUGUGCCUAAUAAACAGGGCAUCGAGUACUACAGGUCUCUGAAGGCCUUGCAAGUGCCAGUCAGGUUGUUGUGGUACCCAGAGAAUAACCACUCUUUGUCCAAAGUCGAUGCAGAAUCGGAUGGAUUUAUGAACAUUGCUUUAUGGAUCAUUCAGCACCUCGCUCUGUGAUUACAGUAGUCAAGGUGGAGAAGCGACAAUGAAACAACUUUAAUUUAAUUUAAAAUUACAAUUGGUAAUUUAACACACCUAUAACAAAACAUUGAUAAAAAUGCAAUCAGAACUGUCUGCUCUUCCCAUUAAUAAAAACUAAAUGUGUAACAGGAAAACAAUGACAACGCUGACUCUCUCAUUUUCACGUUUAUAAGUAUACAUACCUUAGUGAUGUCUUUUCAAACAUGUAAUAUGCUUUUGUUUUGUAUAGGGCUGGGUUUUGAAAUUCAAUACCAAAAAGGCACAGACUGAAAUGUCUUGAAACUACCGAGUACCGAAAGGUCUUUAAAAAAUCGUUACUUACUUUCGAUACUUUGCAUAAAGUGCACAUAAAUGUGCCAAAUGCAAAAAAAAUGCGCACAGCAAGGUAAACAUUUCGAAGGGCUCUAAAGUCUAGGUCUACUUCUAAAGAUUCAUCCACACUUGUUUUCGAUACUUUGCGUAAAGUGCACAUAAACUUGCCAAAUGCAGAGAGUGUGCACAGCGAGGUAAACAUCUUGAAGGGCUCUAAAAUCUGGGUCUUCUUCUAAAGAUUCAUCCACACUAUUUUCCUUCAGUGUCGACACACCGUCGUUGUGCUGAAGUCUCUCAGGGCCACAAACUAAACGCUUGUUGUUUUCGUUCCAACAAGAUCCGAGAUCUGAGAUACGAGAUCUGAAAAUAAGAUAAAUACGCAGUUUUUUCUACAGUUAAAAGUAGGUAUCGAAUUCAAAUUAUCGGUAUUGGUUUCUGUAUCAAAAAAUUUAAAACAAUACCCAGCCCUAGUUUUGUAUGUCAGAUAUGCUCAUCAUGUGCUUUUAGAAACGUUCGAAUGACUGAGAAAACAAGCCAAUCCAAUACAAAGCUCUUAAUCACUAACAAAACCAAAGGUACUCAUGUAAACAAACUGCCAUCAGAUCGUCCUAUGAGAUAAGGCAAUGCUUUGGUAUACAGCAUUGGUCAAUUAACAUUUUUUUUUUUUAAUAUAUUUUAUUAUUUUUCAAACAAUAAAAAACAUGGACACAGACACACUACUACUACAGUGCCUUGCAGGGCUGAGGAAAUUGAAAAAAAGAAAAAAAAAACACUUUUCGGCAUUGCUCAAACUUUGCAAGUUUGGUCAGACAUGUCUUUAACCAAAUCAGUGGCUUUAACCACUGUUCAGUAGUAGCUGCUCUUGCGUGAUAUUGUCUAGCAGUGAAUUGCCCUAUCAUAGGAAUGUCAAAAAGUGUGAAAAUGCAGAAUUUCUAAAGUAAAUCGUAAAGAGGACGAAAGAUCUAGCUUGUUAAAAGCUUUGCAGUGUUGUUUUAGCUGGAUACGGUGUUGUUUUGCUUUAAGAAAUGGAGGGGGGGUUGAGUAUUUCUGAAACGGUUGGCUGGUUAAUGAUUGUUUCUCUGUUGUUUGUGACUAUGCAAUAUAACUGUUCAGCUCUGUGUUUCUCAGCUGGUUUUUCCAGACCUUCUUUUCAGCUUUUAAUGCUCUCAAAUCUUUAAAUAGAGUGAAAAUAAAACUCUAAAGCUAUGAUGACUCUAGAGUGAUGAUUCUUCUGUUGAUGUUGUUUCUGAUUGUUUUUUUUACACUCUGGGGAAUGUAUGUAUUAAUUUUUGAAUAAAGAUGUUUAUAUGGUUUAAGAUUA